AGAAAAUUACCUAUUUCUACAUUUUUUUACCUCGAUCGAAAUAGGAAUAAGUCCGUGAGUUGAAAUAAGAGUGGAUUGAGCUUAGCUGGACAGAUUUUCACCGAUUUAAAUUUGGUUUUACAUCAUAUUAGGAGCGAAAUAAGACUUAGGUAGAAAUAAAAUUAAUAAUAUAAAUAUUGAUACUUAAUUUUAUUUAAUUGCUGAUAAUGAAAAUUAUUCUUUCAAGCGUAAAGGGUUAAAUAGUACAUAAGUGAAAAACGAUUGCACAAUAAACCGGAAUUAUCGCGGAAGGUUCGUGCAAUCUGGACUUUACGUAUGUUCUGGCGUGAGGCAUGCGUAUAAGCUCUUCCAUAUAUAAAUACUCGUGUGUCAGCGGGAAAAUCUCAGUCGACCGAUACUUAGAGCCUGUAACUCGUUGUCGAGCUAUCUCUAUCCAAAAACCUGAAGUUUACCACGUGAUUUUGUCAUAUUGCCUCUGGACAGAAGUGAAGCUUCAAAAAUAGAAAAAAAAGAAGAGAGAACUUCCUUCUCGAAGGAAAUCCGUCAGGUUCAUUGCGGUUCGACUUUUUAAAAGUGGCACGAAGAUACAGUUGUGUGAAAAAUGAAAAAAUCCAAGUAGAAGAAGAAAAAGAAAAGAACAAAUCUUUCUUCAUCUUUUUUGAACGGGUGGUGACAUACAUGAAAAUACACAUAGUGCAUUUCAAAAAGACCAAAACUCAUCGAAGGUGCAACGGGAAGAAUUUCUUUUAUUUUUUUCUGCAUUUUUAUAUCUCUAAGCCAGUGAUCUAAGAUAAGAUAAUUGUUGAGAAAUUCAAUGAAAUCAAGUUCUUGUAAAUUUCUUGUAAAUUUAGAGAUCAAAUAACGAUCAAUAACGAUUGAUCGUCAGCCAGAAAUUAACGAAGUUCAAAGUGCGGUUGAACUUUCGAAAAUCCAAGUUUUCAAUCAAUGUGAUUUCACUUUCCGCCUAAAAAAAAUAAUAAAAUGAUGAAAAGCAGACUGAGCGGAUCAUGCUUAAGACUCUUAAUUCUAAUUUUAACGACGAUGGAUCAAACUACGGUAGUUUUGAUGGCUCGUCACGAUGGUCAUCAUCACCGAGUUUCGAGAAGGAUUAAUUUGCCGCGCGCGAUGGAAGCUACUAAGAAGUUUCUUUGCAGAGAACCCCAAUCAAGGGCUUAUAAUGUCAGAGAUGUGAUGCAAAAUCUGCAGUCUAGCGAAAAUGUGAAUCAGCCGGUAUACAUUGUACUGAAAAGAUGCGACAGUCAUUCGGGCUGCUGCGUCAGUCCUGAUCUCAGUUGUGCGCCGGUGCAAUCGUCAAUUUAUUAUGAGGAAAUGGAGAUUGAGGUCUUGAGCUUGCGGACGAAUAUCACGAGGAGAACAUGGAUUAGAAUCGAGCAACAUGGCAGAUGCAGCUGCGAAAUUAGUAGUGCUAGUGAGAGAUUUAGAGAAGCCAAUCAACUACCAAAUAUACAACUUCUUUGAUUUCUGAAGUUUGGAUCAUCUUUGGAUCAUUGAGUUUCUCUUUCACACACACAUUCACACACACACACAC